AUGCCGCUGCCCUACGGCCUUCAGAUCGGCCGCAUGUACGUAGAUCUACACCUCCAGCAGCCCAUCACGAAGCUAACAAAGCCUCCCUCCUCCAGCAUCCUCACCUUCACCCUCCCCAACGCCAACGGCACCUCGGUCACCACGACCAUCACCCACGUCUACCUGCACGGCUUCACGAUGCUCCCGCUCGUGUACGCAGGCGCCACUCUUCUCGAAACCAACCUCGCCGCCAUGGUCGACUGCUACUUCGUGGCGCGUCACUGCGGUCUUGAGGCGUUCCGCCUCGCCUUGCUGGAGGGCAUUGCGGAGGACCUCUCACGCUGCUCGUCAACUGCGGUGAUCGAGUACGUGUACAAUUACGUACCGGAAGACUGGCAGCUGCGUCGCGAGGUGGUGAUGGCGGUGAUGGAGAGGACGGAGGGAGGGCUGUGGUUUGAUGAGGAGGAGAUGGAGGAGUGGAGCUGCCUGGUUCCACGGUUUAUUAGGGAUUUGAGGGAGUGGGAGUAUGUUUCUGGUGGCUGA